AUGGGGAGAGGAGAGAAACAGCAAAAGUGAUAACUGAAAUAACUCCAUAAAGACUGGUAUCCCCUCACCAAGUCAUCCUUUAUUUACGUGUAUAGUACAGUACACUGAGCCAGCUCCUAGAAUGACCAGGUCCCGACCCGAAACGUCAACUUUCCUGCUUCUCUGAUGCUGCCUGGCCUACUGUGUUAUCUCUGACACUCCUGUUUAUGUCUGUCAUCCAGGCUCUUGAUUGGAUCACGUUAACAGCCCCAAGGCAGGAUAUGGCAGACAGCAAUGUGGCCUCAAACUCCAGGCAGAUGUUGGAGAGCUUACUGAACAAAAGCAUGAGGAUCCAAAUGACUGAUGGCAGGACAUUGAUUGGUCUCUUCCUGUGCACCGACCGGGACUGCAACGUCAUUUUGGGCUCAGCCCAAGAGUACCUGAAACCGACAGAUUCCUUGGCACAUGGUGAGCCACGAGUGCUGGGUCUGGCCAUGAUCCCUGGGCACCACAUCGUUUCCAUUGAGGUUGAAAUGGACAGCGUGUCAAGCCCACAGUAUAUGUGAGACAGAGCUUGGCUGUUUGAAGCCGUGCCUGGUCCUGAGUGCGUGGUCAACGUGUAUUGCACCGUGAGGACUGUAAGCCUACCUGCCCCCUGCCCAGGCUUCCACUCAGCCAACACCUUGUUUAUCGUUUUGCAUUGAUGGCAGGGGCUUGUUUCUUUGAAGAUUAUUUGUGAAGUUAACUGAGAUGAUGGAACAAGCUGGACAGUGCCUUCUGAGUCAGGCCAUUGGCUGUUCCAGGUUUCUUCUGGUCCUUCCCUCUUCCAACAGGAUGCAUGAGGCCUCCCACGGUGCUCAGGUCAAUACAUCACCUCUCCUACACUCAACCCCACAAAAACCAGCCAAGAUCUAUAAAUCUAAUGACUUAUCAAUAGCAACUGCUAACAGAAGAGCACAUAAACUGAGCCUCAGAGGAUUUGCUUUCCCAGUGCAUCUUUGAAUUAUUUUGAAGUAGAGAGCUGAUUGAUUUAGGGAACUUGGAAAGCGUUUGUCCAGUUUGUUCUUCAUGGUUCAUCAUCAAUAGCUUGUAUGCAUGAAUGUAUAGCCCCUCCUGCUGGAGAACAAACUGGUUUGUUCUUUACCUCAGCCCAGGCAGCACGUAAUGGGGAGCUGUUCAGCCACUGAGGCAUUGCAGUCAAGUUUACCUUGCCCUCAUGCACAGUGAGGUGUCUUCCCUGGAUAAUAGCUGUGCAUCGUCUGUCUGUCUGUCUGUCUCUCUCUCUGUCUCUGUUUCUGUUUCUGUCUCUCUCUCUCACACUCUCACUCCUCACCCCUCUCCCCUACGAUAGCCUGUCACUAUCAUGUGCCUCAAACAGCUCACACAUGCUCUGCAGACUUACUAAUACUGAGCUUCUCUCCUGGCCCACCCCCACCACGUUCUGUCCUGUUCCUUCAACCCUGCUCUUUAAUACCCCUCAUUCUUUCUAUUUCUCUCUCUUUCCCCACCCACCCCACAAGGCACCAUUGAGACUCAGUGAUAUUUCUGUCUUCAGAUUUCCAGCCUGCACAGUGUUUUGUUCCUGGGAGUAAAUGUGAACAGUGAUUACCACACGAAGUGAUGCUUUGGAGACAGAAAGUGCCUAUCAUUAUUAAUAUACACAACGUGAGAGAGAGGAUACACAUAUUUUGUGGCAGUCCUUUUUAUUCAAAUAAUGUGCAUUUGGCAAAUAUAUUUAAAUAGUUGAUUAUUUUUGUCUAUUUGAAAUGUUUAAUAAAACAUAUGUGGCUGAACUUAAAA